AUGAAUCAAGCUAUAGCAGGAGGUUGGGAACCCAUUGGGAACAUUGGUGAUAUACGCUAUAUUCGAAUGGCCAAUUUCGCAGUCACGCAGUAUGACAGGCAAGUAGGAGCAAAAUUGGCGUUUGAGAGACUUAACAAGGUUGAAUACCAGGUUGCUGCCGCCAGGCAAUACUUCCGCCUCCAUCUUUCUGCAAAAAACGGUCCAUUUUCUAACAAUUAUGAAGCUAUUGUGUGGCUACCGCAAUUGAGCUUGGUACUACACCUUGAUUCCUUUAAACGUAUUUGA